AUGUACCAAUUCAAUUUCAUUUUGAAAAAUGCAAGAAAAUUCAGUUGGUCUGAAUACUUUGGCAGCAAAAAUAAAGUUACCCAAACUCAGAAUGGAGCUGCUUUCUCUGAUACAUCAAGCUCAUCUAGUUACUACGUUUAUCUUUGCAAUUUUGAAUCUUGCACUGAAAAAGGCGCAAUUUAUAUCGAAAGAUCCAACGAAAUCUGCACAUUACUUGAAGAUUCCACAUUCAAUCACUGCAAAUCCACUUUGGAAGGCGGAUCUGUUUACUAUAACUGCCAAAGUGCAGGACAGAUUGUACAAAAACGAACAGGUUAUUAUGCAUCAAUAUCAACAAACAGCUACAUGGCUUUUAUACAUACAGUGAAACCAGCAGAUUUAAAUAAAAACUACUUUAUUGAUAGUUCAGUUUCAAAUUGCGGAGAAAGCGAAGGAAAAGGAAGCUUGACAUUAGAUAUUGAUUAUGGAGAUAUAUGCAUCCAGAAUAAUAAUAUCUCUAAUAAUAUAUGCAAUGAAUAUUCAUCAAUUCGUAGCAUCCUUUGGGGAGAAUCAAGAAAUUGUAAUUUCACCACAUUCAUAGGAAAUAAACAAUCUAGAAGUCAGUCUCUUAGAUUUACUGUUUAUAAUGAUGAAACUUCUUUGAUACAAACAGUUUCUUAUUGCAAUGUUAUUGGAAAUAAAUGCGGAACAAACAGUAACCAAGUUCUAUUUAGUUGUAAAUACAAUACCAAUAUUGAUCACUGCGUAUUUUUCAAAAACACUGCAAAAUGGAUGUUUUAUAUUGAAUACUCAGAUUACAAAUUGACUAUUACUGAUUCAUGCAUCGAAACACAAUCAACAACUGGUAUUGGAACUAUUACAUUUACCAAUAUUACAAAAGAAAAUUGUAUCAUCGAUGCCAAAGCAUUCACGUUUAAAAUUUCAUAUUUUUUAAACUUUACCGAAGCUUCAACAGAAUUUAUUUCAUAA